AUGGCACCGCCCACGAUCCUCGCGCACAAAUCCGCCUUUCUGACCGUGCAAACACUACACCUGUCGCAAAGCCUCGCACCAUCGACCGCCUGGCGGAAUCGCGCCCACAACGACCACAACAACGAUGCAGAAGGCGCCAGUAACACCAACAGUAUACCGCAGCGCGCCAUUGACGACGCCCUCUUUCGGCUAAAUCAGAACCUCCAGCAGCACGUGCGCAGGGUCUACCCGCCGCAAGCGACGCGGCAAGUUGCCGAGCAGAUUGACAGUCUGUUCCUGGGCGUCGGGGAAGACGAUGGCGGCGACGAUGCGCGGGAUGGUGACGAGGAGAGGGCUCUGGCCGAGCUGGACGAGCUGCGGGAGGGCAUUGAUUUGACGGCCGACGAAGCCAUAUGCUCCCUCCCAGCAACAUGGGACUCCCACCGACCCGAACAAGCAGAAGCCGAUCCAGCCGAUGCGCAACAAUACGAAACGCUCCAGGACCGGCUGCAAACACUGUCGGCGCAGAGGGCCGAGACAAAGGCCCGCGUCGAGCGACUGCGGCAGAUGCAGGCCCUGCUCCGACCGUUUGAGACCAAUGUGCAAGAGAAUCUCGUCACCCGCAAUGGCGAGAUUGAAAAGGAGCUAGAGCGCAUGCGCGUCCUGCUUGUGCGAGUUGCUGGCAGAAUUGGUCAGCUGCCCGAUAAAGAGAGCGACGGCGAUGAGGUCAUGGAGGACUUGGAUGUACUGGAAAGAAAAAAAGUCGAUACUCUUCUCAGUGGGCUUUGA